AUUUUCUUAUUCAUAAUUAUUUUUAUUUUAUUUUAGAAUGGAUGGGAUGUAAAUGAUAUGUUUAAAACAAAUGCUGAAAAAUAUGGAGUGGUUUCUUCUUAUGACAACAGUCUUCAGGGAUAUACUGUCAAACUUGAACAUAAAAAUACUGACGAAUAUAAGCAAAAAGAAGCUGAAGCUCUUAGAAUAGCUCAAGAAAUUCAGUCAAGUCCUUUGUACCAAGCACGUUUAUCUGCUGAAAAUGGAGAUGAAGAAGAUCAGUUUAGCGCUGUAGUAAGACCAGAUAAAAGAAAUCCAAAUGUUCAUUCAUUACCUCCAAGAAAAAAGAAUCCAUAUGUUGUGAAAGGAACUCGCAAUAAUAAUAACAACAACAAUAAUAACAAUAAUAAUAAUUCUUCACAUAAUGUGCAGAAUUCUUCAAAACAUCCUCAAGUAUCUUCCAGUUCUUCGCAGUAUGUUUCAUGUCCUGCAAUUGCAUCUCAUAAUCACGUUAAAACUUCAAAUACGGCAUUAACAAAUUCCGUAUCCACGUCGUCAAUUCCGCAGAGCGUAUCUACGACCUUCGUGUCUAAGUCGUCGUCUCACGUUUCUGUCCCGAGAAAAAAUCACCAAGUUAAAGUUGACAGUACUGCAAAAAAUAAUGAAGGAUCUGGAAAGAAAGAACAGAAACCAACUGUCUCCAAUUCUCAAGCAAACAUUAAUGUUAAUAAGGAAAGAACUACUGUGGAUACUCCUGUAAUUUCAGAAGCUUCGACUGUGUCUGAAAAUAGAAUUUCAGAAAAGCAAGAAGAAACAGAAAAAAAGGUUACCAAUCAAAAAGCACGAAACGAAAAGAAGACCGAAGAAUUGAAAAAGUUUCAUGCAACAUUUAAGUUGUCAGAAGAAAAUAAAGAGGAACGAAAAGAAAAGCCAGAGGUAUCAAAAGAAAAUACUAAUAAAGUACCGGCCAAUAACAUAAAAGAAGAUAAGGAGAAAUCUGAAACUGAAGUAGAGAAAAGAAGCAGCCCUCAUACAUACUCAAGCAGCCUCCUACUUUGUUGCGCAGUUCUACACUGAAUCCUCAUGCUGAAGCAUUUAUGCCGAGAGCAGUGCAGGUUCAAUCUCCUUUAACGUCUGUGCCAUCGUCGACACCACCAUUACCAACAAACAGAAUUCAGAAUCCAAUUGUUCCUCUUCAUCCACAAUUGAUGGCUGCAAUGGCCCCUCCAUUUUAUACUGCAAUGGCACCACAAUUUGUUAUGGCAGCUACUCCUGUAAAUAUUUCUUUGGCACCACCUUUUCAUCCUGUUUCACUAGAUAAAGGAUUAUCAAGUAGAAAAGGUAGAAGAAAUUAUUUUUUAAUGUUGUGUGUAAUGCAUAAAUGCAUAUAAAUACAGUAGAUCAGUAGAUCCAUGAUUUUAGUACUUAAUUCCUAUAAAAUCAUUGUUUAGCAAGCCAGACAUCAAGAAGAAAACUAAUUUUUUGCAGGCACAGU